CCAAGCUGUGCGCUAACCGAGUAGGCGAAUUCACUUCGUCACUUCACAAAAGACUUCCAAAUUCACUGCGGCAGACACUGCAAAAUAAAAAUGUUAAGUACAUCCUAGCUGAGGGGGAGAGACGGAAGGCUCCGUGUUCAAUCAAAGGUUUGCAAUAAUAGGAUUCAUUUAAAAAAAAAAAAAUAGACAGAUGGGCUUAGGAAAUGUUGCUGCGGUGAGCCUGUCAUGAGAGGCACACGCAGUCUGCCUUCUGUGGACCUGCACAAUGAUCCCAGAGCCAGCCUGGCUUAGGAGACCCUGGGACUAGGGCUCCAGAGAGAGGCCACCGGCUCCCAGACACCCUGCGGGGCAGGAGGCUGAGACCAUGCAUCAGAUCUACAGCUGCAGCGAUGAGAAUAUUGAAGUUUUCACCACCGUGAUUCCUUCCAAGGUGUCCAGUCCAUCCAGGAGAAGAGUCAAGAGCUCGCAACACCUCUUGGCCAAGAAUGUGGUCAUCGAGUCUGACCUGUACCCGCCACCGAGGCCCCUGGAGCUGCUGCCUCAACGCUGUGAGCGCAGGGACACAGGCGACCGCAGGUGGCUGCAGACUGGCAGGCUGCAGACUGCCAGGCCACCCGGCACACAUCCCACCAAAACCCCCGUCAGACCUGUGGGGAUUUCUGAACCCAAAGCCUCGAAUCUGUGUGGGAAUCGAGCAUAUGGAAAGUCACUGAUUCCUCCAGUGGCCAGGAUCUCAGUGAAAGCUCCAGCUGGGGUGGAGGUGGCAGCCAAGGGCUCAGAAAAUGGAGCUGUUCUGGGAAGAGGAUCCAGACACCUCAAGAAGAUAGCAGAAGAGUACCCAGCCCUUCCCCAGGGAGCAGAAGCCUCCCUGCCAUUAACAGGCAGUGCUUCCUGUGGUGUUCCUGGCAUCCUACGAAAAAUGUGGACCAGGCACAAGAAGAAGUCUGAAUAUGUGGGAGCCACCAACAGCGCCUUUGAAGCCGACUAAACCUUUCAUGGGCUCCUCACAUUGGCCAAGGUUCACAGGAAGAUAGAAGAGUUGAGAACUGGGACUGAGCCACCCUCCCCUCUGCAGGUUACUGGUCCAAACGCAUCAUCAUCCCUUACACUCUGGCAUCGGGCAUGGAAAGUAACAUCCUCAGAAGGCAGGAAAGCGGUUCUUCAGAACUGCUAAAGCCAGCGGUCUUAAAGUCAUGUUGGUCGAUUACAAAGGUUAUAUCCCUAUCUUUAGGCAAAAGUAUACCAACAGCAAACUUUCCUGACCUAUUUGAAAGCACUCCAAGGAAAACAGUUGAGCUGUCUUCUUUGUGAGUUUUCCCAAGAUGUAUGGUUCCUGGUGUAUAUGUAAAACUUGAUUCUGAGGUACUUGGAACACAAUGGUUCUUACUUUUCCCAUUCCAUGUGUUUUCCCUUGAUGAAGUACCAAACACUUCAUCUUUACUUUGUUCUAAUAUCUACUUAACAGCAGCAACCAUCAUCACUCGGCUUUGCUAACCAUGGGCAUGACUGCAUGAGCUCUCUUCUUCUAGGUACAUUCUUUUCUAUAGAAAAGCACUUAAAACACCAAUGUUAAUUUUAAUGUCCGAUAUUUUGUGACGUGGCUCAAUUGACCAGCUUUGUACAAUGACUUUAAUCCAGAGUGCAUUCCCCCAUUGUUGUCUCUUCUCACCAUUACAAAACGUCUGCUAAGAAAUCACUGUGGCCCCCAACUUACAGACGGGGACACUGGAGCAUCUGGAUGGCUGUAUGUGACUCGACAGCAGGUUGUAGGAUUGUCACCAGAUCUGAGCUCCUCUAAAAAUAACUGAUUUAAGAAAAUUUUUAAAUGGAGAGAAGAAUCUGACGUUGUUGGAACAAAGAAAUGAUUUGAGUAAAAUAUAUCAUUCUGCAUUAGAUAAUUAAGACACAUGCUGAGGACAGAGAUCCCAGCACCUCAAGAGGAUCACAUGUUUGAGACAGGCCUGGGCAGCCUAGCAAGACCCUGUGUCAAAAACAAAACAACACACAUGCACGCAUGCACAGAUAGAGAGAGAAAAAGAGUAUGCAUAGAUGAAAACAGAAAAAAAAAAUCACCGUUUUUGUAGGCGGAAACAGCUGCAAAUUAACUUCCUGUGGCUCAAACUAAUAUUUACUAUCCUUUAAAAAUGAUUAUAUAAGAAAUAAUGGUAAUGGAAGCUAUCAUUUGUUAAAUGCUUUCCUGCCCUGUGCCGGGCACAGUGUUGAACACCUCGCAUGAAUUACGCUAUUCUUUCUAACCGCUAACUUAGGUGAAUUUGCCCUCUGUAUAUGUUGAUACUAACUCAAAAAGGUUAAGUGAUUAGAUUGAAGUCACCUAACUCUAGGUGUCUGACAUGGAUGCCAUACCUUCUCCUUCACACAAAAUAGGGAACAGGGAGGGACGGAAAUCAGCAAAAAAAAUCUUCAUCUGCACUGGGCUGGGAGUGGCUGCCUGGAGCACAGGUGGAGAUGAGGUAUCAGAGCGCAGAUAUUGAUUAGUGGUAUCUGCCUGUGGAGUGAUCAGUAACAUAGACCUUAUAUAUUUCACAUCUGUGGCUUAAAUUCCGCCCCCGGAAGUCUUGUUCGCUCAUUAAGAGGUUUACAUUUAUCCAAUCUUCUUAAUGAAAGCAGAAAUUCUGUGGUAAACUCUACCCUAAGAUUAUGUUGAGAAUUACCAGGUCUUGACACAAAAAAAGAGUUUGACCUGUUUGGGUCUCAGGCUUGCUUCUGCUGCCCCACAGAUUCUGCCCUCCUGUUUGUGAUGCUUUGGGUAAACUGGAACAUGGUAGUAGGUCAAACAUGGACUUCCAGGCUCUUGCCUUGCUGAUAGCUGCUCUUCCACCUCUGCUUUAGACCCUGAGCAUCUGACCCUCAUGCCCAAACAGUCUGGACACUUGGGCAUCAAGUGCUUUGUACCAGUGAACCAUCCAAUGUCAUAUACAAUAUUAAGUUGGAAUCCAGAACAAAGUUAGGGAACAGUUAGAUCACAGAGUCUCCAAUGAUUGAAUUUAUUUAACUUAAAAUUGAUGUCUUAAAUGUGUGUGUGGCACCUGAAGGUUUAUUUUAUAUGUAGACCAGGACUAAUUUAUUUAUCUUUAAUUUAAAUAGUUCAUGGUGAAAUGUUUGCCUUGUGUAGAGCGUUUCAUUUGGCCAAUUCAAAUAAAAUAAAAGACACCUUGUUAGUGACAUUAAUAAACCACUUGAAGACUGUG